AACAAUUUGGAACACCCAGAAUAUGCAUUCAGUUAUGGUGUCAAAGAUCUACAUACCGGUGAUGUCAAGUCACAGUGGGAAUCUCGUGAGGGUGAUGGUGUAAAGGGUCAUUAUAGUGUUUUAGAGCCAGAUGGUUCUAUACGUACUGUUACUUAUACAGCAGAUGCCAAAUCGGGUUUUAAUGCUGUGGUAAAGACAGUGGGUGCUAAUUCGCAUCCUGUUACCGAAUCGCCACAUGGAGCAGAGAGUAAAAGUGAUGAUACCUCACAAUCGAAAAUCAAUCAUUAUAGUAAAGAUCAAGAACAUAUAGUUUUAAGUUCGGAUAUUAAACCUAUUAAGAAACCCAUAGAAGAUUUAACUCAUUCACAUCCUAAAAUACCCAGUUUAAUAGAAUUUAAACCUCAUGCUCGCAUACGUCAGGUACCCAUGGAAUUGGAACCGGGCAUGAGAGAUCGUUUAAAGGAGGCCCGUGAUGAGUAUUAUCAAAAACAAAAACAAGUUGCCCUCAAAGAUUUCAAACCCUCAAAUGGUGUAUUUUCCUCCUACGAAAAUGAGGAUAAUGAAUGGAAAGCUGUGGUUAAUGACAAUAAUGAUUAUAAUUCGCAUCAAAAUUAUGGCCUAAGUCCCGGUUAUCAAAUAGAUGAUUAUCAAGUACCAACAGGUCAAUCACAGUAUUAUGAAAAUAAAAAUCAACACAAACACAGCCAUAAAAAUAGCAAUUCAAAAACAAAUCUCCAUACGGACUUUAUUGCCUCCAAACCUUUACACUCUCAACGUCAUACCUCACCUGGUGGUUCACAUCCAGAUCCCAUUAGCAACUCAAUACCCUUUCACAAUAAGAAAACUGUUUUACCCACUACACCCGGUCUUAAACAUUAUGCUUCGCUGCCGCAUAAAUAUCUUAACAAUAAACCACGUCACGACUAUUCCACUUACUUUCAACGCAGUAAAUCUAAGAAGCCUCGUAAAUAUGAAUCGACUAAAGUUGAAGAUAUUAUAUUCCCCGAGGAAGAAGUACAAUCUGCUGCAUCGGCCAGUCUAAUACAAUCGAUGGUUAAGCGCGAUAAGAAAUAUAUGGCACCCAUGUAUGCUCGUCAUCAUUAUGGCAAUUCUGCAAAAGUUUAUCGUUCAUAUCGUAGACUCUGAACGAAAUACAAAAUACAAUUAAGCAGAUUUCUAUUUUCUACUUAUUUUAAUAAUUUAUUUUUUUUAAAUAUAAGAAAUUAAUUUUAAGAGAUUUUUCUAAUUUUA